AUGACUUUUGUGGAGAAACACGAGUGUACUUUACCUUACGAGAACCACAGAGUCACGGAUGACUUCAGAAAUUCCUUUAGGCGAUACUUUCUCGUUAAUCCAGAGUCCCGUUUGGCGAAUUUGACGUUGAAAAGUCGCACAGCGAUCGAUACGGAGGUCUUGCAUCAUGCAACUAACUUUCCCGCGACAAUUCAUCCCUUUAGUCUGGCACGAAAAUAUUGGGAGUAUUUCAUGAUUGGGACUUUUUCGAUGUUUUUUGUGUGUAUGCCGUAUCAUAGCAGCUUCGUGUUUAGCAGUUGGGCCCGAGUUUGUUCCUUCACAGCGAUUGUUGAGCUUGUAACUGAUUUCAUAUUUUUAGUCGAUAUUGUCAUAAAUUUCUUCACGGGAGUGCAUGAUCCAAAGACGGAAACUGUAGAUCAAGUUGAGAUGAUAACUGUGUACAAUUGUUACGGAUAUGGCUUCAAAUAUUACGAUGGAUGUCUCUUCGAUGUCUUGGAUAUCCUGAAAUACCUCAAAAUUCUGCGUUUUCCAACUUUUUUGCUGUACAUCGACAACACAUUCAAGCGAAAUGACUUUCGUACGUUCCAUUUAAAGGUCACUUCGCUCGUCGUUACUGUCGCAUUCUCAUUUCACUUCCUCGCGUGUGCUGAAUUCCUCGUAGAACGCCUCUUGCAUGGGCAUGACACGACAUCGGAGAGUCGUCUCGACUACUGGGGCGAGAAAAUAGACAUUUGGAACACAACAACAACCCAUGAGCUGUACCUUCAUACGAUUUACCGCACAUUUUAUCUCCUCAGCAACUUUAGUUUUGUCAUUCCGACACAGGCGACGCGCUCCAGCGAAGUUAUCUCGACAUUUUUCGUCUUGCUGGGAUAUGUCAUCUGCAUUUAUCUGAUCUCGCACGCUUACAUGCUCAUGCAAAUUAUUUACUCGCCAAGCAUGAAGUUUCAGCAAAAUCGAUGCCAGUUGCAGGAAUUCAUGCGUUACAAACAAGUACCGAAUAAAAUUCAGCAGAGACUGUUGAAUCAUUACGAUUACAAGUUGCAGAAGCAAUCGUACAACGAAAGUAACAUCCACAAAAUUGUCGGCGACAAAUUAUUCGAAGACAUUUCGUUUGCCAUUCACUCCCAAAUUCUCAAAUGUGUUAAUUUCAUUCGUGUCCUGCCGCCAGAUUUGAUUAAGAAACUCUCCGUCACACUAACGAGCGAGACAUUUCUCACAAAUAACAUCAUUCGUCGUCCCGGACAGGGAAACAUCGCCAUGCACAUCAUCACGUUCGGGACAGUUGCCAUGUUUAACGCAAACGGCGACGAAAUUCGUCAUUUUGAGGAUAACGAGUACUUUGGUGACUUUUUCGAGGCAGAAUCAGAUUAUUUCGUUGUCGCUUUGGAAACAACUGAAACUUAUUCCUUGACGAAGGACAAUUUUAUGCGCGUGAUGAACGAAGCUCCUGCCCGAUAUUACGAGAGAGCAAAGUUGGUAGCUUGUAACGGCAUCGAUCUCAAUGGAUUGUUCGAAGAGCUGGUAGAUAUCGUUGUGUCGGGCAGCAAAAAAGAGUUUUCCACAAAAAGCGAAUCCGUUGUUGAAGUUGUGAGAGCACGCUCGAGACAUGUGUCGAUGUUUCAACAUGAUCCGUAA